AUGGCAAUCGACUAUAUUAAGAAGGCGGCGAAAACGUCCGCAACCGAUGAAGACAAUACGCGUGAUGUUGUCGUCAAGAUGCUGAAAGAAAUUGAAGCAGGUGGAGAAGACAAAGCACUGGAAUACGCCAAGCAGCUGGACGGCUGGGAUGGCAGUAAUCCGGUUAUGACCCGCGAGCAAAUCAAUGCCGCCAUAGCGAAAGUGUCACAACAGGAGAAAGACGAUAUCCAGUUUUCCUACGAUCGUGUCAGCAAAUUUGCCCAGCAGCAGCGCGAUAGCAUGGUUGAAUUUGAAACCGAAUUGAGCCCUGGCUUGUUUGCCGGACAAAAGUUAAUUCCCAUGACCACCGCGGGUUGUUAUGUGCCUGGCGGCCGAUACGCCCAUAUCGCAUCGGCUAUCAUGAGUGUUGCCACUGCCAAGGUAGCAGGCGUCGAGAAUGUGGUUGCCUGUUCGGUGCCCCAUGGUGACGACGGUAUCCACCCGGCCAUCGUCUACGCAAUGGAUCUGGCGGGUGCCGACACUAUUCUGGCGAUGGGUGGCGUUCAAGGUGUUGCGGCAAUGGCUUUCGGGCUGUUUGGCGGAAAACCGGCCGAUAUUCUGGUUGGACCUGGAAACCGUUUCGUUGCUGAAGCCAAGCGGCUGUUGUUCGGACGUGUCGGCAUCGACGUGUUUGCCGGUCCAACUGAAAUUGCGAUUAUUGCCGAUGAAACGGCCGAUCCUGAAAUUGUUGCCAGUGACCUGGCAGGUCAGGCAGAACACGGCCCGGACUCUCCCGCUUGGCUGUUUACCGAGUCUCGCGAACUGGCAGACAAGGUGAUCGAAAUUAUGCCAAAGCACAUCAAUUCACUACCCCAGGUUCAGCGCGAUGCAGCGACGGCUGCCUGGCGCGAUUAUGGCGAGGUUAUCCUGUGUGAUACCCGCGAGGAAGUGGCUACGAUCAGUGAUGAAUAUGCCGGCGAGCACCUGGAAGUACAGGCCAAAGACCUGGAUUGGUGGCUCGGUCGGUUGAAGAAUUACGGCUCCCUGUUUGUCGGUGAAGAAGCGUCGGUUUCCUUCGGUGACAAGUGUUCCGGUACCAACCAUAUCCUGCCAACCAAAGGCGCUGGUCGUUAUACCGGCGGUCUGAAUGCGGCGAAAUUCAUCAAGGUCGUUACUUACCAACGCCAAACCCGCGAUGCGACUCGUGAAGUGGGCGCAGCUUGUGCGCGUAUUUCACGAAGCGAAGGUAUGGAAGGUCACGCGCGAGCCGGUGAUAUCCGACUGGCGAAGUACUUCCCCGAUGAAACAUUCGAUUUGGGAGAGCUGCGUUAG